AAUCCAAGAACCACUUAAGUUGAGAGUCGAAAUCAGAGUUUCGGAGAUCUCGAUUGAGAUUCUUCAAUUCCAUUAAAGGCUAACAUGCACAAAAAGGAUCUUCCAUCUGAUGUGUUGCGUCAUAAGAUAUUAGAAUCUGAAGCGAAUAACUUGGUGGGUGAGGUUGUGAAAUCUCAGAAGCAAGAACCGAUUCGGGGAGCUUUGAGAACGGAGAUUGGAUCUGCAGAUUCGUUGCUGAGGAAAGCUGACUCGCCAUUGAUCGUGUUUGGUAAAGGAGUUGCGUAUUACUUUGAUUCCAGUUGUAUAUUCGUUGAUUGUUUUGGGGGCUCAGUAAACUUGCUCGAAUUGUACCUUUCACCUGGUUUUGUUUUGCCAAUGGCUGGUUCCGUCUUCCAUUUUGUCUCAGUUUGGUCAUUUGUCCUUGAAAAUGCAAAUUUGGUCCGUCGCGGUGAGCGUUAGUGCUUGUACGGAUAAUUAAUUCUGCUCGGAUAGUUCGAUCGAGCUCUUUCUUUGGUUAUUCUCUGCUUUGAGAAUCAUAAGUUAACUCCAUCAAAGCAAUUUUCUUCUACUGGUACAUAAUUUUUUAGUAUUUUCUUGCAGUGAUGUUUCCAUUCUCCAAUAAAUUUCAUAAUUCAAG